CUACUUUGUAUUCGCUUUCCUUCUCUCUAAACUCUGCAUCGCCGAUAAGCUUCCGUACACAAACAGUUUGUUUUACGGUGACCCAUCAGAGAAAACCCUUUGCCGGUGAUUUUAUUGAAUUGAUUUCAAUGGAGACUCCAUCGUCAACCAGAAGAAUCACAAGGUCACAAGCAAGGGCACAGGCUUUGACCACCCUUAACAGCGGCACCAACAACAACAGCGAGAAUAACGACAGUAACCUUCAUUUCUCAAGGAAGUUGGAAUCUGAAUAUGAGAGUGCUUUAUCAAAAUCAAGAACAAGAAAUUCGAAACAACAGCAGCAGCAAGAUCGGUCUGCGCUAUUUGACAUGACCAACGAUUCGCCGAUCGUUGGGCUUGCAACGGCGAGCUUGGAAACCCCAUCUUCUGCCAUUGCGAAGCAGAAGAGCAACAGAGCCAAGGCUGCUCUGACUCCUGGAUCUGGAGAGGCCCUGCUCAGGGGUCAGGUCAAGACUCUGUUGCAGAGAGUGGAAGAAGAACAAUUGAAGAUCCCAAAUCUCUCUGAAUCUGGAGAUGAAGUCAACAGCAACGGAAUGGCCUCCAUCACACCCUUACCAGUUAUUGAAGAACAACUGAAGAUCUGUCAGGUGGAUGCUGAUAUUGUUUCUGGAUCCAACCCAGAAAGUCUUGAAUCUCAAAAGAGUCUAAACAGGUCUCUACUGUUGGAUUUCUCAGAGAAAUCUGAAAUCACAGACUCAUCAGACUGCUCCUCUGUGGUUACUGACCAAGGAGGACUAGGAGGAGGAAGUGUUUGCACAGACAAGUCAUCCAUGGAUGACUGCAAUACCUCAGUGUGGUCUAUUCAGGUCAACGCAAGUAGUACUCAUGAUGAAGAGGAGGAAGAAAUGAUUGAACAAGAAGAUGAUGAUUUCUACUACCACAACGACAAUGAAGAAGAGGAGGAAGUGCAGGAAGAAGGAGAAGAUGGAGGAUUGCUUGAUGCACUGUGUGAAGGUAUAAGCAAGAUAAGUGUGGCUGACAAGUUCAGUGGAAAGCACACUAGGUUUGUGUACAACAGUGAUGAUGAUGAGAUUGUUGACAAGUAUGAAGAAGAAGAAGAAGAAGAAGAAGGUGCCUCUCCCAGUGUGCUUCGCUUGAAGGGCUUGCCAACUCCUAAAGGAAAGCACCUGCGAUUCCUUAUCGAGGGAGAUGAUAACUGAAGGGAAGUUCUUUGAAGAAAGUUUAUUGGUUUUAGUUUUACAUGCAAUUGUUACUUGGUCUAUUUGUCUCUUUGGACUUAUGGGGUGAGUCCUUUUUACAUUCAUUUAUGGAAAUUACAAGCUGCAAUCACAGAUCAAGUGGUUGAGCAAUUUUACAAUAAAAUAAUGCCUUCAUUUUGAA